GUAUGCAUGGACUGUGCAGCCAAUGGGCAUUAAGCAUCGGGGUAUAUAAACCAAGGUCUGACAUUUUGAAGAGCUGGGCAACCCCUACAUUGGCUUUGGUGAACAGGAUCUGAUCCCAAGGACUGUUACCUUGUUCUCUCGUGCAGGUCAUCUAAAAAAGUGCAAUCAUGACUAAGAACUGCCACAAUGACUAUAAGAUGAAGUUUCCUAUGGAGGAGGAGUACCCUGACCUCUCUCUGCACAACAACCAUAUGUCCAAGGUACUGACCAAGGAAAUUUAUGACAAGCUGAGAGGAAAGUCUACCCCAAGUGGCUUCACUCUUGAUGACUGCAUUCAGACUGGUGUGGACAACCCUGGUCAUCCUUUUAUUAUGACCGUUGGUUGUGUUGCUGGUGAUGAGGAGUCCUAUGAUGUCUUCAAGGAUCUCUUUGACCCUGUCAUUUCCGACCGUCAUGGUGGCUACAAGCCCACUGACAAGCACCAAACUGAUCUGAACUGGGAGAACCUGAAGGGUGGUGAUGAUCUUGACCCCAACUACGUUAUGAGCAGCCGUGUACGUACUGGUCGCAGCAUCAAGGGUUUCACCCUGCCCCCCCACAACAGCCGUGGUGAGCGUAGGGCUGUGGAGAAGCUGUCCAUUGAGGCUUUGACCAGCCUGGAUGGUGAGUUCAAGGGCAAGUACUACCCCCUGAAGGACAUGACCGAUAAAGAGCAGGAACAGCUGAUCGCUGACCACUUCCUGUUUGACAAGCCUGUCUCCCCACUGCUGCUGGCUGCUGGUAUGGCUCGUGACUGGCCUGAUGCAAGAGGCAUCUGGCACAAUGACAACAAGACCUUCCUGGUCUGGGUGAAUGAAGAAGAUCAUCUGCGUGUCAUUUCCAUGCAGAAGGGUGGCAACAUGAAGGAGGUCUUCAGAAGGUUCUGCGUUGGUCUGCAGAGGAUUGAAGAGAUCUUCAAGAAGCACAACCAUGGAUUCUCAUGGAAUGAGCAUCUUGGAUUCAUCCUGACCUGCCCCUCUAACCUGGGUACUGGCCUGCGUGGUGGAGUGCACGUUAAGCUGCCCAAGCUCAGCACACACGCCAAAUUUGAGGAGAUCCUGACCAGACUCCGUCUGCAGAAGCGUGGCACAGGUGGUGUGGAUACUGCUUCUGUUGGUGGUGUGUUUGACGUCUCCAAUGCUGACCGUCUGGGUUCAUCUGAAGUGCAACAGGUACAGCUGGUGGUUGAUGGUGUGAAGCUGAUGGUUGAGAUGGAGAAGAAGCUGGAGAAGGGCGAGUCCAUCGAUGACAUGAUCCCUGCCCAGAAGUAAAGUGGAAAUAGUAUUUCUUUUUGUAUUUGUUCUCAUGAGUAACCUUACCAUCCAAGGAGCGAGCAAACAAACAGGAGAAGUGCUACUGAUUGACAUUUCCCAGAGACACUCCAUCCUGCUCCCUCUCUUUCUUACUUUACAUACUUUCUCUUCUCCCCAUUAACCAUUUUCUUUUCCCUCCUUUUUACUGUCACCCUGCCAUCUUUUCCAUUCUUCCUGUAACAUCUUGGGAUCAAACCGCCGCAUAGAUCAGGAAACUCUGACUGUGCUGUAUUCGCCUUUGUUUUGGUUGUACAGAGUAAUUAAAAGCCCCAUGAAAUCAA